AUGCUCUAACCAAUUAAAUGGGCCUAGAUUAAUACUCCCUGUUGGAUAUUCAAUGACUAAAAACUUAUUCCUGGAGUUGUUCUUUAAGUGUCCCCUUUUUUGAUUAAAACUGCAGAAGGUAGUAUAGCAGAUUCCAAAAAUGUAUAUCAAAGAAGUUUGGACAAUUUACAAGAACUUGAAGAUUUGAUUGAUCUAUCAAUUUUGAAUGAAGCUGAAGUUCUUAAUGCACUACACAUAAGGUUUUAACAAAAAAAAUUUCAAAUUUUUUGUGGAUCAUCUUUUCUCAGUAUCAAUCCUAUUCAGAAGGAAAACUUUAAAUCUUAACUACUUUAACAAGCUACACUUAAUGCUUUCCAUCAAAUGAUUGAUCUACCUUAAUCAAUUAUUAUGACUGGUGAAUCCGGAUCAGGUAAAUCUGAGAUCAGUAAACAAAUUUAAUUGUAACUAUCAAAAUUUGGAAAUCUCCACACUAAAUUAUUGGCUUGCAAUUAAAUUAUAGAAGCCUUUGGAAAUGCAAAAACUCAGAGAAAUUUCAAUUCAUCUCGCUAUGGGAGAUUUACUAAAAUGCUUUUCGAUAAAGAAUAAAAGUUAUGUGGUGUUCAUAUAACUGCUGUUUCCCUUGAAAAAUCACGCAUCUACAACGUGCCACAAGGAGAAAGCAAUUUCAACAUAUUUUAUUAAUUCUUGAAUUAUGGAUAAUUGUCAAUAUUUAAUAUCAAUACAAAUCAACCAUAAACCUUAAUACCAAAUCCUUUGAAUUCUAAGUAACCUUAGUAAUUGUCUUAAAAAGAAGCUUAACAAUUCCAAGAUACUCUUGAUGCUCUCAAGCUAUUUAAUAUCAACAUAGAUGUAGUUUUAGGAAUAUUGGCUUCAAUAAUUAAAUUAGGUAACAUUUAAUUUGAAGAUCAUGAUAAUAAUUGUACUAUUCAAGAUUAGAAAUCGAUUUUGCAGAUAAGUCAUUUACUAGGGAUUUCAGAUAAAGAAUUAGUUAGAUGCUUAUGUUACAAAUAGAGAUAAAUGUCUAAAAAUGAAGUUAUUGAUACUCCUUUAAGUAGGAUAGAAUGUAUAAAUUAACAAUAGAAUGUCAUUAAACAAUUAUAUGAAAGAUUAUUCGAAUUCUUGGUUGAUUCCAUUAAUUUUUAAAUGGCCACAUAAGCAAAUAAGUAUCAUAUAAACAUCCUUGAUUAUUUUGGAUUCGAAUAAAAUAGUUUUAAUAGCUUCGAGUAAUUGAUAAUCAAUUAUUCUUAAGAAAAGAUACACCAAUUUUAUUUGUUUGAUACAUUUCAAGCAGACAAUAAAGUGUUCCAAUAGGAAGGUUUGACUAGCAAUCAAGCCCCAAUAAAUUAUAUAAAUAAUAUACACAUUUUAGAGAGUUUAGAAAGAGCUCCUUUGGGAAUUUUGAAUAUUUUAGAUGAUAGUUGCGCAGUGGCAGGAACUGAUGAAACCUUUUUAACUAAAGUUAAGAAUGCUUAUGUGCACAAUCAGAUUAUCACAUAUUCAAAAUCUUAAUCUUAACCAAUAUUUAAGAUUCGUCAUUUUAUAAGAGAAGUGGAAUAUAAUGUGAUUGGUUUUAGAAUUAAAAAUAAAGAUGAGGUGAAUAAGUAGUUUUAAAUUCUGCUUUAAAAAUCAAAGAUCUAAUAUAUAUCAACAAUAUAUUAGCAAAUCAUAACGUAAAAGUAUGUAGGAACAGUGGCAAGGACAGAAUUAUAAAAUAUAAUUGGGUCUCUAAAAGAUUGCAAUAACUAUUUCAUAAAAUGCAUAAAGCCAAAUGAUUCAUUAAUACAUGAUUAAUUUAAUCAAUAAUUAGUGUUAAAUUAGAUUAAAUAUUCUUGUAUAGUGGAAUGCUUGUAGAUGAGGAAGGAGAACUAUGCAUUCAGAAGAACUUAUUAGUAAUGUUACAUAGAGUACUUUGGAGUGAAUUAAUAGAAAAAAGUAGAUUAGAAGACAGUGGUUAUUAACUACAUUAAGAGAAACUUUGCAUUUACCGAUGAUUAGAUCUUAUUUGGUAGUCGAAUGGUUUUCUUUAAAUAUCAAUCAUAUAGGAUUAUUUAAUAAGAGAUAAAUAAACAGAAUAGUUUAAAGUAAAAGGCUGCAUCAAAAUUAUAGAAUGCAUGGAUUUGCUAUAAAAACAAAAUGAUCUUUAGAGAAUUUCAAUGCAGAGUUAUUUAUAUUUAAUCUCAUAUUAGAGGAUAUUUAGCAAGGUAAAGACACAUUAGAUAUAUGCAGUCUAUUGUUUUUAUCUAAUUCAAAAUAAAACAAUUCUUAAAAAGGAUAAGUUAUAAAAGAUAUCUAUAAGCAUCAAAAGUAGUCCAAACCUAUUUUAAGAGAUUAUGCGCUAUUAAAUAAAUGAUCGUUGAAGAACAAUGUGUAAUAAAAAUAUAGAGGUUUUUAAGAUAAAAAUAAUAGUAUUAAGAGUAAUAAGUUGAAAAUGACAUUAAAAAAUUGUUAAUUAAAGUGACAGAUUAAGCUUGGAAAGUUAUUGUUUAUAGAGCUGCAACUAAAAUUCAGAAAAUUUGGAAGGGAUACAUUACACGCAAAAAUAAUGAAGAUAAUAUUUAAUCAAUUAAAUUGGCAGGGUUUUUAGUUACAGCCAAUUAAGCUGCUAUUAUAAUCUAAAAAUAUGUCAGAAGAAAUUAAUAAACGAGAUAUUAUUUAUCAUUAAAAGCAGCCACUGCCUACAUUUAGGGAUGGAUUAGAAGCAAAUGGUUAUCUGAUCUAUUUCAGAGAAUCAGAUAUGCUACCAUAGUAAUUUAAAGAGGAGUGAGGAAGUAUUUUAAUUAAUACAGAAAGUAAAAAAAGUAUGAAGACUAGAUUCUGAAACCUUUGGAAAAUGAAUUGAACAGGAUAAGAGAAUAAGAAUUCAUGAAUUUGCAUGAUAGCUAUAUUGAAUCUGUUUUGGAAGCGGAAUAGGAAAAUACUCCUGGAAAAAAGAUUGAUUUAUUUAGUUAAGUAAUAGAUUUAGAAAUAUUGACAGAUGUAAGUGAAAUAUAUGAUACUUUGUGGACAUCCUUAUAUAAAAGAUGCUUUAAAGAAUGCUACGAAAAGUAGAAUUACACUUCUACAUAUUCUAUAGGAGAAUGUCAUGCAUAUGUAGGUACGUUGCAAAAUAAAAUCUAUUCUUGGGGAUUGAAUGAUUAAUUAUAGCAGGGAUUGCUUAAAUAGAAUGCAAAUAAGAUUAAUUAAAUACAAUUUUAAUUCAAAGUUAAAUCAAUUAAAUCUGGAGCCAAUCAUGGAUUGAUUUUAAGUUAAGACAAUGCUUUAUAUUCAACAGACGAAAAACAGUGUAUUUUAAAGAAUAUCAAGUUAUUUUCAGUAUACAAUGAUGAUAAUGUGGCUGUUGAUGAGAACAAUUUAAUUUAUAUAUGGAAAAAGAAAUAAAAAAAGCCAGUUGAAUUGAAAUCAUGGACAACAUUCAUCAGAAUGAGUUAGAUAUAAUAAAAGAUUCAAGUCCAUCAAAUUUCACAUGGUUUAUAAUUCUUUAUUGUAUUAUCUACUAAUGGAAUGAUGUUCUCAAUGGGGGAAAAUACAGUGGGAGAAUUAGGAAUAAAUAGAGGUCAUUCGAAAAAUGAAUUAACCUUAAUAGAGUUAUCUGAUAAAAUUGCAGAAGUACAUUGUGGAAUGAAGCACACAAUAGCCAAGUCCACUUUAGGGAAGGUUUACACAUGGGGCUGGGGUCAAAUGGGAUAAUUAGGACACGGGAACCUAAAGGAUGAAGCCUUUCCAAAGAUGUUGCCAUUUGAAUCAAAGGUUCUUUAAGUGAUGGCUGGUCAUAAAUAGUCGAUUGUAAUCUUGGACACAAAAAAGGUUUAUUGGUGGGGGACUAAUUCUUGCCUAUAAUACCAAUAGAAACCAGUUGAAUAUAUGACUAAUUACCCAGCAGUUAGAGUAUUAAGCAGUUGGAGUAGAACACUAAGUAUUGUUUAUAUUACAUUUGCUAAAACUUAUAAAUGUAUAGAUGAUAACAUUAAGUUGAAAAAUAAAAUUAUCAAUUAGAUGGUCAGCAAGUGGAGUGAGAAUGAUAUUUACUCUCUAGAUCCUCCAUAUUGUGAUAAUCUGGCUAAUUAUUUCAAUUAAAUGAAAAAACCUUAACAGAAAUUAAAUAUAAAAUUUGCCUCAAAAAUUGAACAUCAACAAUUAGUUAAAUAACUCUAGUAGUCUCCCUUUAAUUUACUUGAUGAUGUCAAGGAUACAAGUUGUUUUUUUAGUUUCAAGAAUGAGUCGAAUAUAUAAUUGCAAAGAUAGUUAUUGGAACAUUCUGAAAAUACAGAUAUUAUCAAUUCCAAGUCUUAUCAUAUCGAUAAUUCGAAUAAACUCAAAUUGCUUAAAGCUGUGAAGAAGUAUCGAAAUGAUCCUUAAUUAUAGGAAAUACUAAAAUAAUCUGAAUUAAGUGAUAUAUUAUAAUAUAUAAAUUGA